CUUCACCUUCCGGGCUGGUCGACCCGGACCUGGUAGACACGGACCUGGGUACUGGACCUGGUAGACCUGGAUCUGGGUACUGGACCUGGGGCUAACUAGCUGGAGCUAACCAGCGGGACUAACUAGUCUUCCUUCUCGGGUUCUUUAAACUUCGCGACGUAGCCGGUGCUAGCUUGUAGCCUAUAGCUUGUAGCCUAUAGCUUGUAGCCUGUAGCUUGUAGCCUGUAGCCGUAGCAGGGCACCGGACUCCGGUCCCGUCCAGCAGGACUCCCCGGCCCCGGAGGACCAGAUCUGGAGGACUAGUGGAGGGUUCGGGCGGAGAGCUUCUGCCGGCGGAUCAAUCUCACUGUCACGUCCCGCGGGUGAAGUUCGGUUAUCGCGCAUCGAUCCGCUGGAUUAUUGAUCACAGCAGAGACUUCGUGGUGCACGAGCCCAGCAGGAGACCCGGUCCCGAUCCCGGUGGGACCUGCUCCUCGCCAUGUUCGUGUCCUGCUGUAACUGGCUGUGUCUGGACUCGGGGGCCCCCGGGGGCCCGCCUGCAGCCCAGAGGGACCACCAGGCCUACACCAACUCCGGCUUCAGCAGCCAGCCGGCCCCUCCUGAGCUCACCUGCACGGCCUGCAGGGGGCGCCUCGACACCCCGGCCAAGAAGCAUGUGUGUGAAGACUGUCAGAAGGACUACUGCAGCCGUUGCUCCGCCCAGCUGGAGCCCCGCCCCCGCCUCUGCCACACCUGUCAGCGUUUCUACGGAAACCUGCUGGAGCGGGCAGAGCUGAUGAAGCUGAAGGUGAAGGAGCUGCGGGACUACCUGCACCUGCACCAGGUGUCCACCCACCUGUGCAGAGAGAAGGAGGAGCUGGUGGAGCUGGUCCUCGGCCAGCAGUCCUCGCCAUCGGACGAGUCCGCCCCCGAGACCCCGAUCCCCUCCUCGGUGACCUCUGACCCCCCUGACCUCGCACCUCGCAUCUCCAGCGUGACUCCCGACUCCCCAGAGCCCCCGGCCGCGCAGCCCGAAGCCCCGCCCACAGAGCCCGGCCCCCCCGAGCCCGACGCUCAGGACGAAGACCAGAACUGGGACCCGGAGGAGGCCCCGCCCUCGGGGCGCCGGGCCUCGCUGACGGACCUGAGCCGCCUGGAGGACGUGGAGGCGCUCAGCGUGCGGCAGCUCAAGGAAAUCCUGGCCAGGAACUUCGUGAACUACAAAGGCUGCUGUGAGAAGUGGGAGCUGAUGGAGAGGGUGAGGCGGCUGUACCAGGACCAGCAGAACCUACGGGCCGCCAGCCUGGGGACCUGCUCAGAGUCCGGCGUUGGGGGGUCUGCAGGUCAGGAGGAGAACCUGUGUAAGAUCUGCAUGGACUGCCCCAUCGACUGCGUGCUGCUGGAGUGUGGUCACAUGAUCACCUGCACCAAGUGCGGCAAGAGGAUGAGCGAGUGCCCCGUGUGCCGGCAGUACGUGGUCCGGGCCGUCCACGUGUUCCGGUCCUGAGCCCAGGAUCACCAUCAAAGGAAUGAACUCUAUUUAGCUAACUCUAUUUUUCUAGAAGGGACAAGUGGCCUUACGUGAGCGCUGAAUGUCGACUGACUCAUGAACUUUGACCUUUUUAAACUCCUCUGUACCUCCUCUGAAGGGGGUUCUACCAAAGAGACGCCUCACCUGGACCGGGAGGAGGCCUGGAACCCCCUCAGAGCCCCUCAUAACCCCUCAGAACCCCUCAGACCCCCUCAGAACCCCUCAGAACCCCUCAGAGCCCUCAGAGCCCCUCAGAACCCCUCAGACCCCCUCAGAGCCCCUCAGAGCCCAUCAGAACCCCUCAGACCCCCUCAGAGCCCCUCAGAACCCCUCAGAGCCCCUCAGACCCCUCAGAACCCCUCAGAGCCCCUCAGACCCCCUCAGAGCCCCUCAGAACCCCUCAGAGCCCCUCAGACCCCCUCAGAACCCCUCAGAACCCCUCAGAGCCCAUCAGAACCCGUCAGAACCCGUCAGAGACCCUCAGAACCCGUCAGAGCCCCUCAGACCCCCUCAGACCCCCUCAGAACCCGUCAGACCCCCUCAGAGCCCCUCAGAACCCGUCAGACCCCCUCAGAGCCCCUCAGACCCCCUCAGAGCCCCUCAGAACCCAUCAGAGCCCCUCAGAACCCCUCAGAGCCCGUCAGACCCCCUCAGAGACCCUCAGAACCCGUCAGAGCCCCUCAGAACCCCUCAGAGCCCCUCAGAACCCGUCAGACCCCCUCAGAGCCCCUCAGAACCCGUCAGAGCCCCUCAGAACCCGUCAGACCCCCUCAGAGCCCCUCAGAACCCGUCAGACCCCCUCAGAGCCCCUCAGAACCCGUCAGAGCCCCUCAGAGCCCCUUAGCUUGCUUUACAGUCCGUGAGUUCACCACAGAGCUCCGGGAAGUGAAGAGGGAGCAGUUCGGCCUUCUGUCUGUUCUCCCUCUUCACCUUCACACCAGCAGCUGAUCAGACGUCAGCCCCUCCGUUGGCUGCCUUCAGGUGACCUCCCCAGCAGGAGGUCGCCCUCUGAGCCCGCCCCCAGCGCCACCUGAGCCCGCCCCCAGCGCCACCUGUCACUCAGACUGCAGGUGAGCAGAGAGAAGUGAUGGGUCUGAACGCUGCUGUUCCCCUUCAGAUCCUCCCUCUCCUGAACAACCGGCCGGGAAUACUUUAAAUGUAGUUGAGGAACAGUCACAACAAGUCAACAAGUCAACAAGUCAACAAAUCAACAAGUCACCAAGUCAACAAAUCAACAAGUCAACAAGUCAACAAAUCAACAAGUCAACAAAUCAACAAAUCAACAUGUCACCAAAUCAACAAGUCAACAAAUCACCAAGUCAACAAAUCAACAAGUAACCAAAUCAACAAGUCAACAAGUCACCAAGUCAACAAGUCACCAAAUCAACAAAUCAACAAGUCAACAAAUCACCAAGUCACCAAAUCAACAAGUCACCAAGUCAACAAGUCACCAAGUUACAACAGACAAAACACAGUUCAACAAAUGUGAAUGAUGAAAUAUUUUUAAAUGAUGUUUGUUUUACUUCAAAUAUACAUUCUUUCAAGGAAGUUACGACAAUUAUCUUAAAUGCUAUAGCUAACAAUUAGCUUUGAUGCUACAGCUAACAAUUAGCUUUGUUCUCGAUUGAGCUCUUUGACGUGAAAUGAACAAACGUCCUCAUCUACGACCCGACCUGAAGCUCGUGGAGCCUUCCCGGUUCUUUGACCGUUUAAAGAAUCGGCCCGCUGGGACCAAACGCUCGGCUGGAAACCACCGCCGACGAACUCAGGAACCAGACCCCGUGGAAUCAAGUGAUCUCUGUUCUAAAAGGAACUACGACCACGGACAUGUCGAGUUUACAGAUUUAAAUCCAGUCUCAUACACAUUCCAACACACACCAUAUUAUAGUCAGCUGUUUGUUGGCACUAAUGCCCCCAUCUGGCAGAUUAACUGCCACCAGGGGGCAGCAGACGCAUACACACAGUUGUACUUUGUGCUACGCUAAGCUAGCAGUUUCCCACUGCUUCCAGUCUUUGUGCUAAGCUAAGCAUGGACCCAUUUGUUCUUUCUAUUUUCUGGGAAUUUGAGGAUUUUGGGGGAUUUUAUAUUCUGUAGUUAGAAACAUACUGUUUUGUUUACAGUGUUUUUAGACUGGGCUUUGUGACUACAUUAAGGGCAAUAAAGAAGCUUGGAAGAGCUUUGAAACAGCCCGACCUCUUUGAACGUCAGGGUUCUCUUACUAUUAAAGGUCCUGGGACGCGUCCCUGAGGGACUCCACUUGUUAGACGAGUUGUUUGCUACAUUUUAGAGUGUUCUUUCAUGUGUAAUAGAAACAACAGAGGUCCCAGGACGCGUCCCUGAGGAACGCCACGUGUCCUUAAAAGACGAGAGAGAACAGCCUUUACUAACCAGCAGACUGUCUUUAGCAGUCAAACUCUGAAUGCACUAACCCGUUGUUUUAACAAAGAAGAGGAACUGGUUCUCCAGGAACAAUGCGGGAAUUCAUUUUUAGUUUGUUGUUGUUCUUGUGAGAUUAUUAUGGUUUAUUUUUGUUGUGAAUAUUUUUGAUUUUCUUUGUUUUUCUGCAUUGAUGUUUUGUAUUUUCAGCCUUUCUGACUUGGGGAUUAAUCAUCUCCAAGUUACACUCGUGGAGCAGCUUCAAUACACGUGACGAGCGUUAUAAUCGCAGCACUGUGUGAGUUUGAUUGGACGAAACCCUUCAGGUAUCCGUAGCAUCGUUAGCUGACGUGCUAGCAUCCAGCAGCUCUGAAGUGUUGAGGCUAGUUCAACUAAAGCAGAUUAUACUCUUUUAAUUGUGUCAUUUAAAUAAUAGUUUGAGGAUCAAAGGGUUCUGGCUCGUGACCCAGUGGAGGGGUCCCGACCCACAGUUUGGGAACCACUGCCUUAGUCUCAGUGAGAAAGCUUCACUGGAAUCUGUUGAACAUGAAAUAUUGUAAUUUUGAAGAAUCUUUAGUUUUCUGAGUGGACUUUUCGAAUAAAAGCAGUCUCUUCCA